AACACGUGGAAAAAUUUUCAUGACCAAAAGUUGGUGUCCGUGUUGGACAGGUUGAAAAAAGUAGGAUUUCCACGGGUUUUCAAGGUACAACAUCCCUUGAAAUAGUUCAGGUGAGGUAUGUCGUCGAACGUGAAGUGUUAUAAAUGUGAACAAACCGGGCAUUUCGCCCGGGAUUGCAAGAAGAGUGGUGGUGGAUGGCAAAGCGAAGGAUCGGGUACUUUUGGAGACAAAUCAUGCUUCAAUUGUGGAAAGACUGGCCAUUUUUCCAGAAAUUGUCCCAAGAAAAGCUUCUCAGAUAAGUGCUAUGCAUGUGGAAAGAAGGGCCAUCUUUCACGGGAUUGCCCAGAUGCAGGUAAUGCCGAUGCUUCAGUUUGCUACAACUGCAACAAGGCUGGUCACAUUUCACGAGACUGUCCAGAGGAAUCCUCAAAAUUCACCAUGGAGUGCUACACUUGUGGUGAGAAGGGACAUAUGUCUCGCAAUUGCACUUCUGGAGGUGAAAAAAAGCCCAGAGGAUCUACUGGAAGCUGCUACAGGUGUGGCAAGCGAGGUCAUAUGGCUCGUGAUUGCAAUGACUCCGCCAAUGUCUGUUACAGGUGUGGAGAGAGUGGUCACUUUGCUCGUGACUGUUCUGAGCCACCUACAUCAGGCUCUGACGUCAAGUGCUACAGAUGUAAUGAGAUAGGUCAUUAUGCCCGUGAUUGCACCAAGGAGGAGAAGUGCUACAAUUGCGAGAAGACUGGGCACAUAGCCAAAGAUUGCCCAGAGGAUGAAGAAAAAGGUGGCGAUUAAGCUGGAUCAGACAGAUGAAGGCUCCCAAUCAAAUAAGAAAGAAAAGAAUCAAGUCUGUUGGAGUCUCAUUUCUGUUUUGGAUCUUUUCCAUAGUUAGGUGAUUGUUAUGAGUAAUGUGGUUUCAAAGAGAUAAAUGGCCAAGGCCAAUGAGUUUUGUAUGAAAAAAGCCAAGGCUUACUAGCCCAGCAGGAUGCAUGACGGCUUUGUAUAAUGCCAUCAGCUUUCGCAAUUCAAUUCUAUGCAAUGUAAUUAAUGCCCAUGAUCUUUUUAUUGUGUCUGUGUCAUUUUAUUCACAUGGGUAGAAAUGAACUGAGAAUUUCAAGCAAAGAUUUUAAGAAAGGUUUUGCAUAGCCAACUUAAACUUGUAAUGAGAAUGUUGUUCCAUCAACCAUGUUCAUACGAGAACAGUUUUAGCAAAUUGAAUCAUAAAUCCUCCUAUGAAAUGUUCUUGGAGUCAUAGGAAGUAGCUUUUUGUUAAAAUACUAAGAUCAUUGAAUGAUGUUAGUUUGGUUCUCUAAACUUACUUGAAUUCUUUAAUAUUAACACUAUUUUUUUGGCAGAGGUAAGAGGUGAAUGCAAGUGUUUACCACUAUUUUCAUUACAAUCUUUCAAAGUCUUAAAUAUCACGCUAAAUGUAAUUUGUUUGCUGCCUGACUGGACUCAUUUAUUCUGAAAAAAACUUUAGGUAGUCUAAGUAAUGAAAAUAAUGGUAAUACUAAAGAUUUUGUGCGACAGUUAGUGUUAAAGGUGAUUAUCCCACAGGUGUGAGGAGAUUUUUUUGUGUGGGAAAUUAAUGUCCCUAGAGUUAUUUUACUUGUCUGUGAAAGAUAGUGUAUUACAAAGUAGUUGAAAAAAUUCCAUUAUUUUUUUGUUCCACUUUGACUGUGAAUUAUACAACUUUGUUUCAUGGGCAAGUAAUAUCACUCUAUUGCUAUGGGAGAUAAGACCAAUAAUUGAUUGUGGUACCAUUUUGUCCCACUUUGACUAUCUACUCAAUUAGAAAAGCUGGUAUGUGCAUAGUGGUAUUAUGCAUUAGAUCAUUUUUCAUCCUUUUUUUUUUUUGUUAUUGUUGAUUAAAUUUUCUUUCAAAGCCUUACAAGCUUUUAGUUUAUGCAUAGUGACAUUAAAAAUCAGGUUCUUGGGGAUAAGCAGUGUGGUAUUGAAUAAUUUCCUUAAAUAUAUGUAUAUAUUUAUACCAGUCUUCUAUAAAUAUAUAUUUAUAUAUUUGCCAGGUACAAAAAUAUGUAUAUGAGCUUUUCAUGUUUUCAAUUUAGAACAUUUUUUUACAGUUUCCCAACAUCAUUAGGAUUAAUGUACUUGAAUGAUAUUUUAUCUUAUUUGAUUGCAGCUUUUGUUGUAUUGGAUAGUUUAAGACAUGUCAUAGAGUGAUUCAACUUAACCCCCUGAUAUCCAUUGAGCAGGUCCUAUUAGUGAGAAAAUUGCCCUGCACCAAUUUUAUCAAACCCUAUCAAGACCAUAAUUCAGGUCAACGCUAACUCAGAUCAGUGGUUUUAAGUCGAAUCACUCUAUAGAGCUUUUAAGUUGUAAUGUGUUUCCAGGUCCAACUGCUCAACAAAACUGCUAAAAUAAAAUGAAAAAUGUUCUCAAUGAUUCAACCUACACCUGGAACAAUUAGAACUUUGGACAACAAAUCCUGUUGUGAAGAAGGAAAAGUACAAAAAUCUUUAUAGAUUUGCUUUUUGUUUUAGACCUGGAAGAUGUUUUUCCGUACGAUUGAUAUCUAUUUACUUAAGUGGUAAAUAUAUAUCAAAAUAUCAUUAUUUAGGAGCAUUUGCUAGCUAACAUCUUUUGUUUGUACCCUUGUUGUCAAUGUAGUAGAUGGAAAGAAGGCCUUUUUACUAAAAAAUUCAGUUUACCUAGGAUGCUACAUAACAGCAGAGCAUCGUAGCAUUUCGAUUUUAGUGUUAUUUGAUCUGCGAAACAAACCUCCUGAAUAAUGGAAAUAGUGUUUAUCUCAAGUCUGUUUCAGUAAUAUCUUUUUCAUGGAUCAAGUAAAAUCACCAUAUUGUGUGCUGUUAUUUCAUAAAUUUGCUUCUUUUCAUCCUUUCAUAAUAUUAUUAUUCUUAAUGAUUCAAUGAAAGAUCAAUGCUUUAUUUACUCAAGCUGUUUAAUCUAAAAUUUCAAACUUUGUGAAGAGGAGUCGAGAAAGGUUAUAAAAUAAAAUGAACAUUGGCA